AUGUCUAAGAAAAUAAUCGCAAUGGUCCAUGUGAAGUGUAGAAGUUUGCACUAUCCGCGAGUGGGUAAUAUUAUACGUCUUCAGUUUCCUGACAAUCUAGUUCCAUGGAAUUCUGAAUGGCCAGACUACAAACCUAAUGAUUUUACAGCAUCUUUUGUUUUGGGAAAGCCAUGGGCUGAUCAAGAUGUAUCAGAGCCUAACUUUUGCCCUAAAUGGAAUAGUAUUGACGGUAAUAUAAACAGACAAAGCUUCAUGGGGGAAUAUAGAGUAAAAGAUAAACGACCCCUAAAUCCUGUAGGUCGGACAGGGUUAUGUGGGCGAGGUGUUUUGGGUAGAUGGGGUCCAAAUCAUGCAGCAGAUCCUAUUGUUACCCGAUGGAAAAGGAUAAGCCAAGGUGCUGUGGUAAUUCAUCCAAAAAGUAAGAAGAAAAUUUUGCAGUUUGUAGCCAUUCAAAGAAGAGAUUCUGGUGAAUGGGCUCUACCUGGUGGGAUGGUCGAUCCUGGUGAGGUUGUAUCUGCCACCUUAAAAAGAGAAUUUCUUGAAGAAGCCUGUCGUUCUUUAGAAAACCCAGACUCUUUGGAAGAAAACAAUAAAAUAAUUACUUCAUUUUUUGACAAUGGAGAAGUGAUUUAUACAGGUUAUGUAGAUGAUCCAAGAAAUACAGAUAAUGCUUGGAUGGAAACCGUUGCUAUGAAUUUUCAUGAUGAUGAUGGUAGUACUAUUGGAGCCAUAUCACUUGAAGCUGGAGAUGAUGCCAUGGGUGUUUGUUGGAUGGAUGCGAGUCAAGAGCUUCAUUUGUAUGCAAGUCAUUCAGAUUUCAUUGCUAAAGUCGCAGCCAAACAUGGUGCUCAUUGGUGA